GUUUGUCGGUCUCCGUAACCAUGGGGCGACUUGUUAUCUCAACGGCUUGUUGCAGUCGCUUUAUCAUCUGGGUCGAUUUAGGGAAAUUGUAUAUUCGGUGGAUCCGAGGGCUGAGCGGGAACGAUUGCUGGCUGAGGAUGAGCUUGCUGGUGGUGACGGUGGUGACAGUUUGGCGUGUAUGAGUCCGUCGGGGGGCGGUCGGCUUAGUUUGCCGAUAGCUCUGCAGAAG